AUGUCACCCGAAUGUUUCUACUUUUUACUGAAUCUUAUUGAACAUAAAUUAGUGAAACGCAGCAUGCGACAAACGAUAAGUCCUGAACACAGACUUGUUAUUACAUUAUUUUAUCUGGCACAAGGCUACAAUAUGCAGGUAGUAGCAUGGUCGUUUUUGAUAGGAAAAACAACAGUGUCUGUAAUCGUACGUGAAACUUGUGCAGCCAUUUGGGAAGUUCUUUCUCCAAUUUAUUUGAAAACGCCAACAACUGAAGAUUUACUAAACAAGAGUAAAAGAUUUUAUGAACAGUGGAACCUUCCUAACUGUUGUGGUGCUAUAGAUGGGAAACAUAUAGUUAUUCAGGCUCCGAAUAAAUCUGGAAGUGCCUAUUUUAAUUAUAAAAAAACUUUUAGCAUUAUAUUAAUGGCUGUUUGUGACGCUGAUUACAUAUUUACAUUUGUGGACAUUGGAGCAUUUGGUUCACAAAGUGAUGGAGGUGUUUUUAAAGAGUCAACCUUUGGACAAGCACUGGAAUCUGGUACAAUAAAGUUACCAGCAGACUCGCCAUUGCCAAAUACAAAUAGUAUGUUUCCAUAUUAUUUUGUAGGAGAUGAAGCUUUUCCGUUAAAAUCUUAUAUUCUGAGACCCUAUCCUGGAAAGAAUUUAGAUGUUCAGAAAAGAAUUUUUAAUUAUCGGUUGUCAAGAGCACGGCGAACAAUAGAAAAUGCAUUUGGCAUUCUAUCAUCAAGGUGGCGAAUAUUGCGAAAUAAUAUUAUAGCUAAUGUGGAAACUGUAGAGAAAAUUGUUGCAGCAACAGUGUGUCUACACAACUUUUUACGUAUUUUUGAACAAGAAGUUCCUGCGCACGAAAGAGUGUAUUGUCCUUCAUCUUUUAUCGACAAUGUUCAUUCUGAUGGAAGCAUUACACCAGGCUUGUUUAGAAAUGAUCGUCCUAAUAGUUUUCAAAGAAUUGGGCGUUUAGGAUCAAAUAAUGCUUCCAGAAAUAUGAUUGAACUUCGGGAUAAAAUGACAAACUAUCUUGCCAAUGAAGGAGCGGUUCCUUGGCAGUGGAAUCACAUUCUUAGAGGAUAUAAUCCAGAAUAA